AUGCCGGCGUCGGGAACUCUGGGGAUACUGGGGAUUCAGGCGUUGUACCGUUGUUUUCGCCCGUCAAACUCGCAUCAAAUCCCCGUUUCCCCGUCUUCCACCAUCGAUCUUCAUCCAUGGCUGAUCUGCCCUAACAAAGGAUGGUCGGUCGUCAUGGGCGAGGGCCAAAGGGGGCCACGUCGAUCGCUGUCGGUGAGCAGUGCGCUGCUGCAGGAACUUCGUCCGGGAACCGUCAGCACCAAGCGCCAGCGCUUCGCCGUAUCCGGGCUGGGGGCGCGCCCCGGCUCCCUCCCUUGCCAGUUGGCUUGGGUUGUCAUCCGGCCUCUUCACCGCGCUGUCCCAGGUCGCCCGGGAGGCUUCGUCCAGUUCUUGUGUCGUGCUGGCCCGCGAUUCGCGGAGAUUCGCCGGAGGAGGAGCGAAAGGAGGGUUCCUCUGGUCAGGCACCUUGCCUCUUCGCCGCCUGCUAUGCAGUUCGGCGAGGCCAAUCAAGCCGCUGAUCUCAUGGCCGGGAACCCCCCAAAAUCGAUCCAGGCGCAAUGGGAGGAAACCCUGCGGAGAUUAUGUGCUGCCACCCCUCUUAAAGGGCAUUCUUGUCGUCGUUUGCUGCACUGCGCUAGGCCAGCUGAGCACGAAGUGGACGAGGUGAGGCAAAGGUGCGCUCUUCUCGCGUUUCGCUUGAGUGGGCUGGCUGCGGCGCAGCUGGGACUUCUUCCAGUUUCCGGAUUCCGGUGCAUUGCGGGUGAGGGCCUGCGGGAGCCAAAUCUGGUCAAGGGUUCAUUGCCGGCUGACACCCUUCGACAUGUCAGUACCCAUAACUCUGAAUCGUCAUCUCGAGUCGUGAGCACUCCGACGUGCCUUGAUACCCCAACCCUCAGUGGCCAAUGGCCGCCUAAGCUGUUCGCUUUUGCCUGUUGCAACCCUUGGCUGGUUUGGUACUUGUGA